AGCUUGGCGGCUCCUCCCCGAGACCAGGCAGCGCCCCGGCCGGCAGGACCAGCACGAUGGAGGAGGGAGACAACGGCGACGACUUCCUGCACUUGCUGGGUCAGGCCGAGGGCGAGGAGAGCUGGGCCGAGGUCAUGGGCGUCAGGUUCCGCCAGAACAAGAAGGGUCUCGUCACGUUCGAGAUGUCCGAGCUGCUGGGAAAGUUCAUCGUCCUGAGGACCGCUGACCCCGCGGCAGAGCAGUUCCAGUCCCUGACGGAGACCCUGCCGCGCAUGCUCGAGACCUCGCUGACGCUGACGGACGCGCGACUGCUCCUGCGCACCAAGACGGGGGACCCGGAGCGGGCCGUGGUGCGGUGCGUGCCGGCACGGGACGUCCGAGAGGCCGAGAUGCAGCUGGACGCGGCAGGGUACGAGGAGGCAGAACCCAGCAAGGAGGUUCUGCUGAAGGACGGUGACCAGCUGGUGCUGAAGUUCUCCGGUAACGUCGCCAGAGACACCGACGGCGACAGCAGAGACUCCGUCAGACUCACUUUCUACAGCCAGAGGCGGACACAGGCGCAUUUCUACAUCAAGGAGGUGAACGAGUUCGGUAACUACAGCUCGCCGUGCUACCGGGGGAUGGUGCGGUUCUACGGCACCCGGCGGCACGUGGGGAGACCCGGCGGGGAGGACGCCGACCGAGGCCCGCCCGAUGUCAUCAAGAACGCGUUCCUCGGGGACACUGUGGAGGACGGACUGGACAGCAUCUGCAAACUGCCUGUUACGCUGCCUAAGAGAGAGCGAGACCCUCCAAGGCCUCCAAGUGCCUACAGAAAACUCAUCGAAUCACAAGGCCCGUUAGUGAACGACUGGCUGCAGUGGCUCGCGUCAGAGUUAGACGAGGACUGGGACCUGCUGGGGCACCACCUGCGCGUCAAGCGGUCCCGUCUGCAGCACAUCAAGCGGAACAACCCCGACGACAUGCAGCAGCAGGCCUUCGACAUGCUGUACUCGUGGCGGAAGAGCCUGCCCGCCGCCACCGACAAGAUCGGGAAGCUGUGCCGGGCGCUGUCGCGUGUGGGCCGGCGGGACCUGGCCGAGGAGCUGCGGGAACGGUACUCCGACCAUCGGAAGAAGAACGGCAAGGCGUAGUGUAAGGCUUAGGUCCAUGUUCAAAGCAAACAAGUUAGGUAUGACGUGUCGUUCGGUGUAAUAUAACCAGCUGCUGCCGCACCGCGUGCCUGCGAAGCUGGUGUGUUACGCUGAACGGCGGUUAUACCGGCUAUAUAGAUACAGAUACAGGUCCCAUUUCUGAAACAGGACCCGGCCGGGAUGUUUGCGGAAACGAACAUUUAAAGUGUUC